AUGAGUAUUCUCUACCACCCUGGCAAGGCCAAUGUUGUUGCAGGUGAUCUAAGUCGUAUGACCAUGGGUAGUGUGUCUCAUGUGGAAGAGGGUAUGAAAGACCUAGUCAAAGAUGUUCAUAGGUUGGCUAAAUUGGGUGUUCGGUUGGAAUAUUCCCCAAAUGGUGCCUUUAUGGUUCAUAAUAACUCUGCAUCAUCUUUAGUGCUUGAGGUGAAGUCUAACCAACAUCUUGAUCCACUAUUGAUGGAGUUGAAGAAAUUGUCAAAGUCCAUUGUUAUUAAACUUGAUGAGAAAAUUGACCAAAGAAAGAAAUUUGGUGAAACCGGCCAAGACAAGAUUUGCAACGGCCUUCUAAACUUUGAGAGCUAUGUACAUACAAAGAAAAACUUGAAAACUUUAGUCCUCUCAACCGAAUGGAAUUCAAGUAAAUUUGCAAAGGAAACUUUGGGGAGAGAAGUUGCCAAUCUUAUUAUUUCUAUCCACUUUUGGAAUGAUGUUGUUCGGGCACUUACAGUUUGUAGCCCUUUGACAAAAGUGUUUCGUUUGGUGGAUGGUGAGAAAAAACCAUCAAUGGGUUAUAUUUAUGAAGCAAUGGAAAGAGCCAAAGAAUCUAUUGCACAUGGUUUUUGUGGAAUUCAGAAGCAUCAUGCUAAAGUGUUUCAAAUUAUUGAUACAAGGUGGUCAGAACAACUCCAUCGGCCUUUGCAUGCUGCAGGCCAUGUUUUGAACCCAGGAUUAUUUUAUAAAGCUGAAGAAGAGGUAGCUUUAUCACAGACUUUGUGGACCGAGUAUUAUGCAUGUGUUGAGAAGUUGGUCUGUGAUACAACAAUACAAGAUGAACUAAUCGCUGAGCUUCCUAAGUACAAAAUGGCGGAUGGACUAUUUGGUUGUUGUCCGGCUAAAAGAGCUAGAGACACAAGGUCACCGGAGAUUCAUUCCAAAAAGAGGAAUAGGAUUACACUAUCACGUCUCAAUGAUCUAGUGUACAUUAAGUACAAUAGAACAUUGAAACGUCGUUAUGAUGGUCGUGAUCUUAUUGAUCCAAUUCACUUGGAUAACAUAGAUGAUUCAAAUGAAUGGUUAGUUGGAUGCCCCGAAGAUCAAGAUGAUGAACUAGUAUAUGAGGAUGAUGAUCUUACUUGGUGUAGUGUUGCUACGGCAAUCGGAGCGGAUGAGAGUAUCUAUCUUCUUAGGGGACUUUCUUCAAGAUCAACAGUACUUGACAAGGGCAUUGGAUUAGAAAGUAUAUCUACAAGUUCAUCUUCAAGUAGGACUCAAACACUAAUUGAUGAAGAAUACGAGGAGGAAAAAGAUGAAGAGCAAUAUAAUGAUGUAGAGGAUUUUGAUCUUCAAGAGUUGGAUAAUUUUAAAGAAGAAUAG